AUACAGCAUGAGUUCGAAGAUGUGGCUGCAGGUAAGCAGGCCGGUACGGACGAACAGGACCUUCUUGAGCUGUGGAAAGCCAAGCUUAAGCACUUCUUCGUUCUCUCUGCUUCCGGCAAGCCCAUCUAUAGCCGGCACGGCGACGAUCAGGUUAUUAGCCACUACAUCGGAGUUGCACAGACGCUCAUCUCAUUCUACCAAGGCGCCGAUGACCCUUUGCGAGCAUUCACAGCCGGUGACGCUCGUUUCGUGAUGCUAGCGAAAGGUCCGCUCAAUCUCAUCGCAGUCAGUCGUUUAGGCGAGAGUGACGCACAACUGCGAACACAGCUUGAGUCGCUGUAUAUGCAGAUUCUGUCAACUCUAACGCUGCCGAGCAUGGAGAAGAUGUUCUCUCAACGACCAUCAACCGAUCUGAGACGGCCGUUGCAAGGCACGGAUAUUCUUCUGGAUGGCCUGGCGGACGGCUUCACACGUGGCUCGCCGUCGACGUUACUGUCCGCGCUUGAAUGUCUGCGCCUUCGCAAAACGCACAGACGAUCAGUCAAUGACACCCUGCUAAAAGUACGGUCACCGCACCUUUUAUACGGCCUCAUCGUUGCUGCGGGUCGUCUGGUUAGCGUGGUCCGGCCCAAGAAGCACUCAUUGCAUCCAGGAGAUUUGCACCUCAUCUUCAACAUGUUGUUUGAGGCCGGCAGUGUCAAAGCUGGCGGUGGCGAGAACUGGAUUCCAAUAUGCUUGCCUGGCUUCAACAACACCGGCUACCUGUAUAUGUAUGUCAGCUUCUUCUCUACUGCAGAUGGCAGUGAUCUUGCUCCUGCCAACGAACGGCCUGCUUCUGCCGGUGCCGAUGACGAGCUGGCCAUUGUGCUCAUCAGCGCUGAUAAGGAAGGAUUCUUCGAACUGCGCAAGAUGCGCAACGAGCUUAUCCAGCAAUUGACUAACAACGGGAGUAUGACCGUGAUCAAGACUGCCAUCCGUAAAGGACACGCUUCGUGUUCGGAUAUCGUGCCUGGUACCGUCCUCCGCCACUUCCUCUACAAAUCUCGUGGUAAUGUGCAGUUCACCAUGCCUUCCUUCGAGCCGCAUUUUCACGGUUUGGUAGCAAAGCGGAGAUUGAUGUGCUUAUAUGGUGACUUGCACGAAAGCGUGCAUUCACGAACUUCACACCUCAAAGUACAGCACGUUAUCUCGCAAGACGCGACGGCAUUAGCUUGGGAAACGCCACUAUUCGAGCUAUACUGCGUGGCCGGACGGCAGGCAACAAGGGCACAGCUAGCGCAAGGUGCUAACAGGGUCGUCCAGUGGAUACGUAGGGAAGAGGAACGCGUGUUCAUCAUAGGAGGAGCAGUGUUCUGA